UUUAUAGCCACUAAAGGCGCGCUCCAUUUUUUUCUAAAUUUGUAUUUGUCGAUUGUUGUGCAGCUGUAGAUGUAGAAAAUUUAAAACGAAAAUACUAUUAUUAUUUGUUUUCACUGGUUGUUUUGUAGGGUUUCGAUGUUAUGUUUAAAGAUUUAUGGCUUUCAGGGGAUGCAUCUGGCAUAUCAUUUACCGUUAUGUUAGGAAAACCAGGGAUGUUCGAAGAUUUUUUUGUAGGUGGGAUGAGAUCUGCAUCUUAGGCCGGGGAGGAAGAGAUGCUCGGCGUCGCGCAGUCGAUGAUAAACUUGGAUGUGUAUUAUCGUUAUCAAGGCUGUGAGCUCCUUCCACAAAUUCCAGAGUCGCGCUCUUGAAUACACAUGUACAGAAGUAAUCGCGACGCGCAACACGUGGUUUCUUGUGCUUGCUUCUGCGUGAAUUGCUGCCGGUCGUAGCUGGUUUUUCACGAAAACUGGUUCUGUACGAACAGGUAUAGUAGAGCUUGUAGAACCAUCCGGCUUUCCUUCCUCAUCUCGCACCGUCCAAACGAUUAUCAAACAGUGUUCCGAGAUGACCGCAGACGGCCAGAACGAUCCGGCCUUCCUGCUCUUGGAGGAUGGUACCGUGCUCAGGGGUCAGGCCUUCGGCGCGAGGACGCAGGUCGACGGAGAAGUCGUGUUUCAAACUGGUAUGGUAGGAUAUCCAGAGUCGUUAACGGAUCCAAGUUAUCGCGCACAAAUUUUGGUCCUGACCUAUCCGAUCAUCGGUAACUACGGUGUACCAGGAGAGCAGAAGGACGAACACGGACUUCCAUAUUUCUUCGAGUCAAGUCGCAUCUGGGCGGCAGGCCUCGUCGUCGGCGAGUACUGCGAUUCUCCGAGUCAUUGGAGGCAAGUGCAGACUUUGAACAAAUGGAUGCAGAGCGAGAACAUCCCCGGUAUCCAAGGCAUCGAUACCAGAGCUCUGACGAAGAAGAUCAGAGAGAAAGGAAGCGUUUUGGGCCGUAUCGUUUACAGUUUACCAACUCCUGAUGGCAAAACGAACCUGAAGGAUCCUAAUGAAAGGAAUCUAGUGGAAGAAGUUUCCGUUAAUGAAGUGAAAACGUACAAUCCUGAAGGAUCUCCGAGGAUCUGCGCCAUCGACUGCGGAUUGAAAUACAACCAGAUCAGAUGCUUCUUGAGCCGCGGCGCUCGCGUUGAUGUGGUUCCAUGGAACCACAAGGUUAACAUCGAUGAUUACGACGGUUUGUUCUUGAGCAAUGGACCUGGUAACCCCGUCAUGUGUGAAACCACCAUCAACAACAUCCAAAGCGUGUUUAACAGCGGUAAAAUUAAACCGAUCUUCGGUAUCUGUCUGGGUCAUCAACUUCUUUCAUCCGCCAUAGGCUGUUCCACCUACAAAAUGAAAUACGGAAAUCGUGGACACAAUCAGCCGUGCAUCCAUCACGGAACCGAAAGAUGUUACAUGACUUCGCAGAAUCACGGAUUCGCGGUGGAUGCAAAAUCUCUUCCUGCAGAUUGGGAAUCUCUUUUCUCUAAUGCUAAUGAUAAGACCAACGAGGGUAUCGUUCACUCCAGUUUACCAUACUUCAGCGUGCAAUUCCAUCCGGAGCACACGGCCGGUCCUCAAGAUCUUGAGUCGCUCUUCGACGUGUUCCUGGAUCUGGUGAAACAAUCGGCUAUAGGCGUUACGGCUUCAGCUAAAACAUUGAUCCAAAAGAACUUGGUUUACACCCCAAAAGUUUCAAUCAAAGAGAACGUUCCCAACAAGGUUUUGAUCAUUGGUUCCGGCGGUUUAUCCAUCGGCCAAGCUGGAGAAUUCGAUUAUUCCGGAUCGCAAGCCAUCAAGGCUUUGCAGGAGGAGAACAUACAAACUGUGCUUAUCAAUCCAAACAUCGCGACAGUGCAAACAUCGAAAGGAUUGGCGGAUAAAGUUUAUUUCUUGCCACUUGUACCGGAAUACGUGGAGCAGGUGAUACGCUCCGAAAGACCCGGAGGAGUUCUGCUGACGUUCGGUGGUCAGACAGGGUUAAAUUGCGGGGUUGAGCUGCAGAAGGCUGGAGUUUUCGAGAAGUACGGAGUGAAGAUUUUGGGAACGCCAAUCGAUGCUAUCAUCGAUACGGAAGAUAGGAAGAUUUUCAGCGAGAGGAUCGCGUCGAUCGGUGAAAAGGUUGCUCCAAGUAUGGCUGCAUAUUCUGUUGCAGAGGCUUUGGAAGCUGCUGAACAGCUGGGUUACCCAGUCAUGGCUCGCGCCGCCUUCUCUUUGGGAGGUUUAGGAUCAGGAUUCGCCGAUAACAAAGAGGAAUUAAAGUCUUUGGCACAACAGGCUUUGGCGCAUUCCACGCAAUUGAUCAUCGAUAAAAGUUUGAAGGGAUGGAAGGAGGUUGAAUACGAGGUGGUGAGGGAUGCUUACGACAAUUGUAUAACCGUUUGUAAUAUGGAGAACGUCGAUCCGUUGGGCAUUCACACUGGAGAAUCUAUUGUUGUUGCUCCCAGCCAGACGCUUUCGAACAAAGAAUAUAACUUGUUAAGAACGACAGCCGUUAGUGUCAUUAGGCAUUUCGGAGUUGUAGGAGAAUGCAAUAUACAGUACGCCGUGAAUCCUUACGCAGAAGAGUAUUACAUUAUCGAAGUUAAUGCUAGAUUAUCGAGGAGUUCGGCUUUGGCCAGCAAAGCCACAGGUUAUCCUCUGGCUUACGUAGCUGCGAAAUUGGCUUUGGGAAUCUCUUUACCGGAGAUUAAGAACUCCGUAACCGGUGUUACCACAGCGUGCUUCGAGCCUAGCUUGGAUUAUUGCGUUGUUAAGAUCCCUAGAUGGGAUUUGAGCAAGUUCUCAAGGGUCAGCACGAAGAUCGGUAGUUCCAUGAAAAGCGUUGGUGAGGUCAUGGCUAUCGGCAGAAAAUUCGAGGAGGCUUUCCAAAAAGCUUUGCGUAUGGUUGAUGAAAGCGUCAACGGGUUCGAUCCCUAUAUAAAAGAGGUUGAUGAUGAAGAGUUAAAGGAACCUACUGAUAAGAGAAUGUUUGUGGUGGCAGCCGCUCUUCGGCAAGGCUACAGCGUCGAUAGAUUAUACGAUUUGACGAAAAUCGAUAGGUGGUUCUUGCAGAAGAUGAAGAACAUCGUGGACUUUAACACUUCUUUAGAGAGCAUCGAUCAAAACAAUUUAUCACAUGAUGUACUGCUGCGAGCCAAGCAGAUCGGUUUCAGCGAUAAACAGAUUGCUGCGGCGGUGAAGAGCACCGAAUUGGCCAUCAGGAAGCAGAGGCAAGAUUUCAGAAUCACGCCAAGUGUAAAACAAAUUGAUACUGUUGCAGCGGAAUGGCCAGCUACUACUAAUUACUUGUACUUAACGUACAAUGCGUGCAGUAACGAUUUAAGUUUCGAUGAAGAGCACACCAUGGUCAUAGGCUCUGGUGUAUACAGGAUUGGUAGCUCAGUGGAGUUCGAUUGGUGCGCUGUUGGUUGCUUGAGGGAACUGAGGAAGUUAGGGAAGAAGACGAUUAUGGUUAACUAUAAUCCGGAAACUGUGAGUACAGAUUACGACAUGUCAGAUCGUCUGUACUUUGAGGAGAUCUCUUUCGAGGUCGUAAUGGAUAUAUACAAUAUAGAAAAUCCGACUGGAAUCAUAUUGUCCAUGGGAGGACAAUUGCCAAAUAACAUCGCCAUGGAUCUCCAUAGGCAACAGGCUAGAAUAUUGGGAACAUCUCCAGAUUCUAUUGAUGGAGCAGAGAACAGGUUCAAGUUCUCCCGUAUGUUGGACAGGAUUGGAAUUCUACAGCCCAGAUGGAAGGAGCUGACCAACCUGAAACUGGCCAUCGAUUUCUGCGAGGAAGUCGGCUAUCCGUGCUUGGUGAGACCAUCGUACGUACUUAGUGGUGCCGCCAUGAACGUGGCGCACUCUAAUCAAGAUCUGGAAACUUACCUGAACGCAGCCAGCGACGUCAGCAAGGAGCACCCCGUGGUCAUCUCCAAGUUCAUCUUGGAAUCCAAAGAGAUCGACGUGGACGCUGUAGCGUGCGAUGGCGUUAUCCUUUGCAUGGCCGUAUCCGAACACGUGGAGAAUGCUGGAGUUCACUCAGGAGAUGCCACCUUGGUCACACCACCACAAGACAUCAAUCCCGAAACUCUGAUGAAGAUCAAACAGAUUUCCAAAGCAAUCGCAGCAAACCUGGAAGUCACCGGACCAUUCAACAUGCAACUCAUCGCCAAGGAUAACGAUUUGAAAGUUAUCGAGUGUAAUGUGCGCGUCUCGAGGAGUUUCCCGUUCGUCUCGAAAACGCUCGAUCACGACUUCGUGGCGAUGGCCACCAGAGUCAUCGUCGGGGAGAAGGUGGAGCCCGUGGACGUGCUCAGCGGUUGCGGAAAGGUCGGUGUUAAAGUGCCGCAAUUCUCGUUCUCGCGAUUGGCCGGUGCUGACUUCAUGCUGGGCGUGGAGAUGGCCUCCACUGGAGAAGUCGCCUGCUUCGGAGACAACAGACACGAAGCUUAUCUCAAGGCCAUGAUGAGCACUGGCUUCAGCAUCCCCAAAAAAUCCAUCCUUUUGUCCAUUGGCAGCUUCAAGCACAAAAUGGAAUUGCUUCCGAGUAUGAGGGCACUAGACAAGAUGGGAUACAAGCUGUACGCCAGUUUGGGAACCGCGGAUUUCUACAACGAACACGGCGUAGACGUGGAGUCUGUGCAGUGGACUUUCGAAAACAUCGACGAUAUAACGAGUCAAGGAGAACUUAAGCCUUUAGCAGAGUUCUUGUCCAAGAAGCAAUUUGAUCUGGUUAUCAAUUUGCCGAUGAGGAAUGGUGGAGCCAGGAGGGUAUCAUCCUUUAUGACCCACGGUUACAGGACCAGGCGAUUGGCCAUUGAUUACUCCAUUCCUUUGGUAACAGAUGUCAAGUGCACCAAGCUCUUGGUCGACGCUCUUAGGUUGAUCGGAAAAGCACCUCCGAUGAAGACUCACUGCGAUUGCAUGUCUUCCAGACAACUGAUUAAAUUACCAGGUUUUAUAGAUACGCACGUUCACGUUAGGGAACCCGGUGCAACUCAUAAGGAGGACUUUAACUCUUGCACGGCGGCCGCCCUUGCUGGUGGAGUCACCAUGAUCUGCGCUAUGCCUAAUACGAAUCCGGCGAUCGUAGAUGAAGAGUCCUUCCAGCUGGUCAAGAAGUUGGCAGAUGCUAACGCUCGUUGCGAUUACGCCUUGUUCAUGGGAGCUUCCACCGAUAAUUAUAACACCAUCACGGAGUUCGCACCUGAAGCAGCUGGAUUGAAGAUGUACCUUAACGAAACGUUCACAACUUUGCGUUUGAAGGAUUUGACCGUGUGGUCUAAGCACUUGACCAAUUGGCCUAAACGCUGGCCGCUCUGCGUUCACGCCGAGAGCCAAACAACUGCAGCUAUACUUUUGUUAGCCAAUCUCCACAAUAGGCCUAUUCAUAUUUGCCACGUUGCCAGGAAGGAAGAGAUCCAGAUCAUCAAAGCGGCUAAGGAGAAGGGACUUAAGGUUACGUGCGAAGUGUGUCCUCAUCACUUGUUCAUGAGCACCAACGACAUAGACAAGUUAGGUCCGCUGAAGAGCCAAGUGAGGCCAGUUUUGACUUCGCCUGAGGAUCAACAAGCUCUUUGGGAUAAUCUCCAUAUAAUUGAUUGCUUUGCUACUGAUCACGCUCCUCACACUUUGGAGGAGAAGAUGAGUCCGAACGCUCCACCCGGAUUCCCAGGUUUGGAGACAAUCCUUCCGCUGCUCUUGAACGCCGUGCAUGAAGGAAGAUUGACCAUGGAAGAUAUUAUCAACAAGUUCCAUAGAAACCCGAGAAGGAUCUUCAAUUUGCCCGAACAACCGAACACUUACGUUGAAGUGGAUAUGGAUGAGGAAUGGGUCAUCCCAGCGGCAAUGCCGUACUCGAAAGCCAGAUGGACUCCGUUCACCGGAAUGAAGAUCAAAGGAUCCAUCCACAGAGUUGUGUUGAGAGGAGAAGUUGCUUACGUUGAAGGUCAAGUCCUGGUGCAACCUGGAUUCGGACAGAACGUGCGCGAUUGGGAACCGGUCAAGAAACCUACUUACCUGGACAGUCGUCCGUCAUCCGCGUUGGAUCAAAGACCGAUUUCACCAGCACCAAUGCAUGUCUACGAUUUGGACAACGAUGGACAAACCAACGAAAUCUUUUCCAGAUUGUUAGCAGCUGAACCGCAGAAGGUUCACUUUGCUAAUGAGAGUUAUUCGGAUUUGAGGAUCCAAAACAGUGCUUCGCCUAGAUUGAGAACCGAGAGCUUCAGCGGGCAUGAUGCUCAAUCGAAUCAUCAACAGCCACCCACGCACCACAUUCACGGUUUAACGAAUAAGAACAUCCUCACCGUCGAUAUGUUCAGCAAGGAGCAACUCAACGACAUCUUCAAUUUGGCGCAGACGUUCCGCGUUUUCGUCGGCAAGGACCGUCCGCUCGAUCACAUCCUGAAGGGCAAAGUGAUGGCUUCCAUCUUCUACGAGGUCAGCACUAGGACGAGCUGCAGUUUCUCCGCUGCUAUGCAGAGACUCGGUGGUCGCGUCAUCCACAUGGACGAGAGUAGUUCUUCGGCGAAGAAGGGCGAAACGCUCGAAGAUUCCAUCGAGGUGAUGGCCGGAUACGCGGACGUCGUCGUGCUCCGCCAUCCGACACCUGGUUCCGUUCUGAAAGCAUCCCGUCAUUGUCGUAAACCGAUGAUUAAUGCUGGCGAUGGCAUCGGAGAACAUCCGUCUCAAGCUCUGCUGGAUGUGUUCACCAUUCGUGAAGAGAUCGGCACCGUCAAUGGCCUCACCAUCACUUUAGUUGGUGAUCUGAAGAACGGACGCACCGUGCAUUCCUUAGCCAGACUUCUGACUCUCUACAACGUUCAGCUACGGUACGUUAGUCCACCGAACCUCAAGAUGCCCAACCACAUCGUUCAGUACGUGAAAUCGAAGGGCAUUUCUCAAGAAGAGUUCACAAGUUUGGAGUCUGUCCUCCCAGAUACUGAUGUCCUGUACAUGACCAGAAUUCAAAGGGAACGUUUCGACACUGACGAGGAAUACAAACAGGCGUGUGGACAUUUCGUGGUGACGCCGAAGCUGAUGACCAGGGCGAAGAGGAAAAUGGUUGUGAUGCAUCCGCUUCCGAGGGUUUUCGAGAUCAGCCGCGAUUUCGAUUCCGAUCCACGGGCUGCCUACUUCAGGCAAGCCGAGUGCGGAAUGUUUGUCCGCAUGGCCCUUCUGGCUAUGGUCCUCGGUAAAUGCUGAUCAGCAAUUUGCAUGUUUUCUUUUUAUCCAAUUAUUUUUGUUAAUAUAUAAAUACAACUUUUUAUUUCCAA